AUGCCUAAGAACAAGGGAAAAGGAGGCAAGAACCGACGUAGGGGUAAGAACGAGAACGACAAUGAAAAGCGCGAACUCGUCUUCAAAGAGGAAGGCCAAGAAUACGCCCAAGUCGUCAAGAUGCUUGGAAACGGACGUCUAGAGGCCCAGUGUUUCGAUGGCGCUCGCCGUCUUGCGCAUAUCCGCGGCAAGCUGAGGAAGAAGGUCUGGAUCAACCAGGGUGAUAUCAUCCUCCUGUCGCUCCGAGACUACCAGGACGAGAAGGGCGACGUCAUCAUGAAGUACUCUGCCGACGAAGCCCGUUCAUUAAAAGCCUACGGUGAACUCCCCGAAAACGCAAAGAUCAACGAGACCGACACAUACGGCGACCAAGGCGACGAGGGUAUCGGUUUCGAGUUCGAUGAGGAUCGCGACGACAGCGAUUCAGAUGAGGCUGAUGGUACGGGCAAGAAGGAAAUUGACAUCGACGACAUUUGAGAGGGUGGGGAUAAAGAGGUCCGCCAUGCUGUCUCGGCUCUUGCUUUGCGGCUGCUGCUCUGCUGUGGCAGGGGUCGGGCUGCUCAAAUGCUGCUUCUUGCGAGCGGGCGGAUGGUUUGACGGCUGAGGUGGUCAAGUUUCUUUAGUCACCGUAUAUUUCAGAGCAUUGUGGGAUAGAGAAAUAAUGCAUGCAUGCAAAA